GGCACGGGCGUCGCGAUGCGUCCCGAUGCCAUAGUCCACGGUAACCUGGAUGUAGUAGUCGUCAGUGCGGGACUUAUAUGUGACCGGUGUGGUAAGAAGAAAACCAUGGAGGUCUACCCCAGGUCCUCAUGGUUUUUGCUGCUUCUUGGAUUCGCCCUUAUAGCUGCCACCUUGCAGGAAACCACUGACUGUCCGACAUCCGACCAAGUUUCAUGUACGAGUGGAAUUAAGUGCAAUCAAGAUGAAGACUGUCAGAGUAAUGAAAUAUGUUGUGCGAACCCGUGUUAUACGAAACGAUGCAUACCAGUUCCGAAAGGCGUGCAAGGUGAAGCUGAUACUGAUGGUCCAUCCGAAACCGACUGUAGGCCUUACAUCGAGAAAGCUCUUAAGGAGCUCGAGAUUGGUGAGGCCGGACAUGUACAAAAUGAACCUUCAGACAAAGACGAAAGCGCGGAAGAUGUUCCCACUGUAGAAAUAACCGACGACUCCAGCCGCCAAGUAGAUGUGGAUGGAGAAGGCGGAGCUAGUGAUCAAAAUGAUGGACCUGAAGAUAAAAGCGCGGAGCAGGAUGUAACACAGCAAGAAGCUGCGCGAGGGAAAUCUGAGGAAAAUGAUGACGAUUCAGGUGAAGCACCCGACGAAAAGGUAGUAAAUAAAAGCGAAGAAAAUGCCGAAUCCGAUGAAGAAACGAAGACUUCAAUCGAACAAACCGAAGCAGGAGAGCAGGCGAGUGUAGAAUCGGAAAGUGUAGAGGAACAACAAAAUCCCGAAGAUGCAGCUAGUGCAGAAAGCGAAGAACAAGUUGAAGCACCUGAACCUUCAAUAGUAAAAAGAGAGGCUCCUGUGGAUAAGACUGAAUCAACACCGGUUCAAGCUUCUGCUGUUGCGGCUAGUCAGGAGGGUCCAGAUGAUGAAAACCCUGGUGCCACAAGUGUCGAAGAAGCACAAGAGGCAGCUGAAAGCCAAGAGACUGACGGAGCUGAAAGUGCUGAAGCUGUGCUACCAAGCACAGCUUCAAGUGCUGGAAAAGUAGAAGUACAACAAGAAGCUCAGUCAGUGGAAUCAAUUGAAGAGGCAGGCGAAAGCGAAGAAGACAAAAAAAGGGAGCAGGUUGGCGCUAAUGAAGAAAACGAUGAACCAUCUCAAGAAGACAACAGUGACGAACAAGCAACUUUAGAGGAAAGCGCUGAAGAUGGUGGAUGUCCUCCUCCGAACAAAGUGUCUUGUAUAGAAGGCGAACUAUGUACAAAACACAGACAUUGUGGGGAAAAUCAGAUCUGUUGUCCCAACAAAUGCUACAGACGACGAUGCACUGCAGGAACAGUUCCACAAGCAGAACUGGAUGCCGAAUCUGCAUCUGAAGAAUCCGACGAAGCAAAAAGUGAAGAGACACUGGCUCCGAGCUCACCAGAAACUGGAUGUCCCUCACCCAAUGAGGUGUCUUGCACUGAAGGCGAUUUAUGUAGCAAACAUGGGCAAUGCGGAGAAAAUCAUAUCUGUUGUCCAAAUAAGUGUUAUAGAAAAAGAUGUACUCCUGGAACAGCCACAUCUGCAGAAUUGCUCGAAGAAUCUGAAGAAGAUUCUAAAGAAGAGUCGGAACAAGUUGUCGAAAAGCCUGACAACAAAUUGCCAGAUACUGGAUGUCCCGCACCUAGUGAAGUUUCAUGUGUGGAAGGUGAUUUGUGUAGUAAACACAAACAUUGUGGGCAAAGCGAGAUUUGUUGCCCCAACAAAUGUUAUCGAAAACGUUGCACUGCCGGAACCCCAACAGUCGAAGAUUUAGAAGACGAAGAAGUUAGCGAAGAGUCCAGAGAAGAAGAAACCAAGGGCGCGGCAGCCUCAAGUGUUUCAAAGAAAGACACGGGAUGUCCAGAACGUGACGUAGUACCCUGUGGUGGGGAGCCAUGCGUUAAAAAUAAGCAUUGUGGUACUGGCGAAAUAUGUUGUGCAAACAAAUGCUACAGGAAAGUUUGUGUAGAAGGUACCCCGGGCUCAGACGAAGAAGACGAGGAAUCUGAAGAAGAAUUGAAAGAACAGCAAACUGAAGAAAGUGUUACUGGUGCAGCCGAAAGUGAAGAAGAUGACAGCAAUUGCCCAUCACCUGCCAAGGUGUCGUGCACAGAAGGUGAGAGAUGUGGGGAUGACGAUGAUUGCAGUAGCCGGGAAAUAUGUUGCCCUAAUAAAUGCUACAAUAAACGUUGUAUUCCAGGUUCCAAAAAAGACCAAGAUGUAAGUGAAGAGAAACCUCCCGUUAAGGAAUCAAAACCGACACCAAAGGUGCAACAACCUGCAAAAGUCGAAGUCAAGAAAGAAACUAAACCAAAAGCUGCACCUGUACCAUCACCUGCACCAAAACCAUCACCGCCACCACCUAAAAAGGAAGUAAAGAAACCUGAAGCGAAAAAACCCUUGGACGAAUCAACGGUUGUAUUUAAGCCGGUGACUGUUGUUGAACCCCUAGUUGAGGAAGAUGAUGAAAGUCUGGAAAAAGGUGGAGAAGCGCCAGUGGAAGAAUUAUCUUUAGAUACUGACAUUCCGACUGAGCUGCGAUCCCGAGAGCAUGUGGAACACUUGUUGAAGCUGGAUCAAUACUCAACUAAGACGGAUAACGUGCAAAAUAAAGUAUACGAAGAGACUCUGAAAGAAUUAAAGAGACUCUACGAAAACGCCAUAAAACCUUUAGAAGGUUUAUAUAAAUACCGAGAUUUAAGCAACCGUCAUUUCGGUGAUGCUGAAAUAUUUUCGAAACCUCUCAUUCUGUUUAUGGGACCGUGGAGUGGAGGCAAAUCUUCCAUUAUUAAUUAUUUAACUAAUAAUGAGUUUAAUGAAACUGCUUUGAGGACAGGAGCCGAACCAUCUCCUGCUUACUUCAAUAUUCUGAUGUACGGUGAGGAGCCGGAGAUUAUUGACGGCACCGAGUUGGCUGCAGAUUUUACCUUUUCCGGCUUACAAAAGUUUGGACAAGGAUUAGAAGAGCGACUCCGAGGAGUAAAGCUUCCCUCCAAGCUGCUGGAGAAAGUAAAUAUUGUAGAAAUUCCUGGCAUUCUAGAAGUCCGAAAACAGGUUUCAAGACUGUUCCCAUUCAAUGACGCUUGCCAGUGGUUCAUUGAUAGAGCCGAUAUAAUAUUCUUGGUAUACGACCCAUCCAAACUUGAUGUAGGCCCGGAAACUGAGGCUAUUUUAGAUCAACUUAAAGGAAGGGAACAUCAGACGAGAAUAAUCCUAAACAAGGCCGAUCAAGUGAAGCCGGAAGAGUUAAUGCGAGUCCAAGGAGCACUUAUCUGGAAUAUUUCUCCUCUGAUGUCCUCACCCCAGCCUCCUGUGAUGUACACAACUUCUCUAUGGUCCAGGCCGUUCGAACCUUGGGCCCCAGUUCGACUACUUCAAGCUCAGGAGCGAGCAUUCUUGAGAGAUCUCAGAACGGCUGUUGAUAGGCGAGUAGAAAACAAAAUUGCCAGCGCUCGCAGGUUUGCCGUUCGAGUGAGGAACCAUGCUAAAAUGGUCGAUUGUUAUUUGACUACGUAUUACAAUCACAAAUCGGUGUUUGGUAAUCGCAAGCAAGUUGCCAACGAGAUUAUUGAACGUCCUCAGGAUUAUCAUAUCUACGAAGGUCUAUCAACGCUUACGAAUAUCUCCAGAUAUGACUUGCCAGACCCUGAUGUCUAUAGAGACUUCUUUAAACUCAAUCCAUUGUAUGAGUUCCAGCAACUUGCGGCUACUUGUACUUACUUCAGAGGUUGUCCUAUUAAUAGAUUAGAUAUAGCAAUCGCCUAUGAUCUACCAGAAUUGGUAGGCACGUAUAAACGGAAUCUAGAAGAAGCACUAACAACCGCCAGCAAUCCUCCUAAAGAACCAACAACACCACCGAAGAAGAAUAAAAAAUCUGCGCCUGGAAGUUGAAAAUGCAUUGGAGAAUGUAAGUAAUCAAUCACAAAAAAGAACGUUCUAUGAAAAUAUUGCAUAAGCUAUGCUCUCAUGAGGGUAGAAUCGAAUUCCUAGGAAGAGAUAAAAUGUCAGUGCUGCCAUUAGAUCUAAACAUAAUAAACUAUAAAAAAACUGAAACAGUGCACAUUAUUUCAAUGAAAGACUACAAUCAGAAAUGCUUACCUUGUCCUGCCGCCAUACUUGUGUGUUGAUCGCAUUUACAGUUAAUGCAUUCGGAGUGUUGUUAUAGUAAGGGAUAAAACAUAGACAAAGAGAGUGGACUAUACGUAUGCUGCAUUAAUUUUAAGCACAAUUCAUAGAACUGGGUGUACAAUUUCUUACAAAAUUUACUAAACCUUACAGAUAAGUUUUUAAACGUCUUAUUGUAUAAAGUCUCGAUGCACAACACUGCGUUAAUCUAAAAUAAUUAAGUGAUAAAAAACGUUAUGGAACCUAGCAAGUUCCUGUUAGUGAAGUGCAUUAGUCUUUACGUAACGAGUAUACAUUAUAUAAAUUAGUGUACAGAUAAGUUUAUGUUUACCCUGUAGAAUGUUGUAAGUAAGUAGCUGGUUACUUGUUUUUCUUUUGUUAUAUUCGAAACGAAUGGAUACUGUAUGAAGACAAUUUUAGAUUAAGCAAAAUAAAUAUAUUUUCAUUUGUA